AUGUAUAAAAUAAUUUAACCAUCAUAAGAAGAUAAAAUAUAUUUUGGUUAGAAAUAAGUUCAAUAAUUUCAACAAGAUUAAGAAGAAUCAAUUUAUGAUGAUAUUUCAUAAAUACCAACUCAAUUAUAGAAAGAAGAAUUAGAAUAAAUGCUUGAUCUUAUGCCUCAUUUCGGUAAUUCCAAGUUCUCUUAAAAUUAAGAAAAAAACUUAGAUUUAUGGAAAUCUAUUUAAUAGAUAGAAAUGAGAAUAAAAGAAUAAGAGAAUAAUUUUAAAAGAAUCAAUUUUGAACAUUAAGAAGAAAUUAAAAAAUUAAAGAAUGAGUUAAACUAACAGAAACAUUUAUAUGAAACAAAGAUAGAUGAAAUUAAAUAAUCAAGAAUAUAAAGUUCCAAUUCUUAAAUUCACUCUCCAUAUUCUACAGAAAAUAAUAGAGAAUAUAAUUAUCGUAGUAAUAAUAAUUAUACUGAGGUAUCAUAAGAAAAAAACUAUUUAUAAUAAUUAGUUCAAGAUUUAAAAUAAUAAAUUUAAGUUUUACAAACAAAAUCCUUUUCUACUCCCUAUUAAAAUGAUGUUAUAUGGCAAUAAAAAUAUAAAUAAAUAGAGCAAUAGGAUAAAUCUAAUAUUGAGAGGAUAUCUCAUCUUGAAACUUAAAUAAUAAAUUAAAAGCUUUUCUAUGAGAAUGAUACAUCUAAAUUGAAAAAAUAAUUAGAUGAAAAAAAUCAAGAAGAAAUAAUGCUAAGAAAUUAGAUCUAACAAUUAUUACAAGAUUUAAAUAAUUACAAAAAUAAAGUAUUAUAUUUAUUUAUUUUUUAGUUUAAUUAAGUAUCUUAAACACUUUAAUAAUAAAGUUAACAAUAUUAAUCCUAAAUUUAUUAAUUAUAAUUACAAACAUAAAAAAACUAUUCUUUUGAAAACAAGAAUCAGAAUUAACAAUUAUUGGAAUUGACAGAGUAAUUAUAAGCUUCAACAAUACUCCUUGAGAAGAAGAUUUAAGAAUGCGAAUUUUAUAAACAAAAAUUCUUACAAUAAUAAACCAUUCAAUAAAACCAAUACAUUUAUUCUCAUCGUUAAUCUCUAACACCAACAACUUAGAGAAUAUAAACUUAAAAUCCAACUGUGUUUCCAAUUUCUAAUAAAUAGCAACUAUUUUAAUAAUUUUAAUGA